CCUAAGCCCAGUGCAUCUGCUCUAGUCACGGGCAGCUUCACACUCGCCGGCUACUCUCUGUCUGACGGCUCCGCAUUUCGAUACAUCGCUCUAGCAUUAUUCUUGCCUCUUCACCAGCCCAACUCAAUUUCGCGACGCUGUCUAAACAUGAGCAUGCCCAUUGCAGUGCCAUCUGCGUUUUUUGCCUCCUGUCGCGGGGAGUAGACCCGGAGCUGGGGAGAGGGAGAAAAACCUCUCUCUUCUCUCACCAUCACUUGCCCAAUCUCAUACGGGCAGUGGUUGCGAACCGACAGUGAAGGACAGAGUUAAUUAAAGCGUAUUUAUUUAACCUUUCUCUUUGAAACAAAUACGUGCAUCCUGCCUCACACUCCGGGGAUUGGUUGGGUCCAGAGGAAAGGAAGGGAAACGUUAAGUUUUUUGUUAUUGCUGUCGUGGAAAUUAUUCGGAAGGUCUCCGUUUUCUCCUCGAAAUUGCUCUAGCUAAUAAAUUCACGAACCCUGGAUUAUGGAUGUGGAGUCGGUGGAGAAGGAGUGCGGGGCGCUUGGUGGGCUUUUCCAAGCAAUUGUCAAUGACAUGAAGUGCUCAUACCCUGUGUGGGAGGACUUCAGUGCCAAGGCCACCAAGCUGCACUCCCAGCUCCGGACCACAGUACUGGCUGCGGUGGCCUUCCUGGAUGCCUUUCAGAAGGUGGCAGACAUGGCAACCAACACCAGAGGAGCCACCAGGGACAUCGGAUCGGCGCUCACCCGCAUGUGCAUGAGGCAUCGCAGCAUCGAGGCCAAACUGCGCCACUUCACCAAUGCUCUGAUGGAGAGUCUGAUCACACCGCUUCAGGACCGCAUAGAGGACUGGAAGAAGACAGCCAACCAGCUGGACAAGGACCACGCCAAAGAGUAUAAGCGGUCUCGUCACGAGAUAAAGAAGAAGUCCUCUGACACCAUGAAGCUGCAGAAGAAAAGUGCGCAAGGCCCCAAAGAACUGCAGGGCCGCGGGGACCUGCAGCCCCAGCUGGACAGUGCCAUGCAGGACGUGAACGACAUGUACCUGCUGAUGGAGGAGACGGAGAAGCAGGCGGUGCGGCGCGCCCUGGUGGAGGAGAGGGGCCGCUUCUGCACCUUCAUCGGCUUCCUGCAGCCUGUGGUGAAUGGAGAGAUUGCCAUGCUGGGAGAGAUCACUCACCUCCAGGCCAUUAUUGAUGACCUCACUGUGCUGACCACUGACCCCCACAAACUGCCUCCUGCCAGCGAGCAGGUAAUCAAGGAUCUGAAGGGCUCAGACUACAGCUGGACUUACCAGACCCCUCCCUCAUCCCCCAGCAGCUCUGGCUCCAGAAAGAGCAGCAUGUGCAGCAGCGUGAACAGCGCCCACAGUAGCGCCUCUCGCUCGUCCGGAGGCUCGCAGACUCACUCACCCAGUUCAUCCUGUCGCUACCGCAGCCUGGCGCAGCCACCACCAGGGGGAGCCCACCGCCUCAGCAGCGUCUCCUCACAUGACUCUGGGUUCAUCUCGCAGGACGCCAACGUCUACUCCAAGCCUCCCUCGCCCAUGCCCUCGGACAUAACUAGCCAAAAAUCUUCAAGUUCGGCAUCCUCAGAGGCAUCAGAGACCUGCCAGUCAGUGAGUGAGUGCAGCUCACCUACAACGGACUGGUCCAAGCAAGGGGCCUGUGAGCAGCCUCUAGCCACCACGCUUCAGAGGAGGAAGGAGCCCGUGGACCGGCCCAGGGAGGCGGAGGUGGCUGCCGGCCCACAGGGCUACGCCGGCAUGCACCCAGAGGACCCGCAGCGGCACAGGAUGCACCCGGCCUCCAUCGCUGCCAAGCAUGGGGAUGAAGUGUCCCCCGCAGCGAGUGACCUGGCCAUGGUCCUGACGCGUGGCCUGAGCAUGGAGGGCCAGAAGAGCAGCCGCGACUCCCUGCAGUACUCCAGCGGCUACAGCACCCAGACCACCACCCCCUCCUGCUCCGAGGACACCAUCCCCUCACAAGGGUCCGAUUACGACUGCUACUCUGUGAACGGCGACACCGAGGCAGAUGGCCAGGCUGACUUUGACAAGUCCUCCACCAUCCCGCGCCACAGCAACAUCGCCCAGAACUACCGGCGCAUGAUCCAGACCAAGCGACCCGCCAGCACGGCCGGCCUGCCCAGCGGGGCGGGCGCCCAGGGGGGGCCGUCAGGGGGAGGUGGAGGGGGCGGCGUGGGCACCCCGGGCACUGCCACCAUCCGCCGCACGCCCUCCACCAAGCCUGGCGUGCGCCGCACCCUGUCCAGCGCUGGGCCCAUCCCCAUCCGGCCACCGAUCGUGCCCGUGAAGACGCCCACUGUGCCGGACUCGCCAGGCAGUGGGGUCGGGGGCGGCGGCGGCGGCUACCCAGGCCCGCCGGUGCGCGUGGGCAGCGAGGAGUGUGUGUUCUUCGCGGCGGACGACGCCACGGCCGGCGCGCUGGAGUACGUCAAGGCCUCGCCCAAGCGCCUGAGUCUGCCCAACACGGCCUGGGCCAGCGGCGGCGUGGAGAUGAGCGUGUACGGCCACGCCGGCCACCACGAGGAGGACCAGCUGCUCGCCGCCAACCGCCACAGCCUGGUGGAGAAGAUCGGCGAGCUGGUGGCCAGCGCCCAUGCCCUGGGCGAGGGCCAGUUCCCCUUCCCCUCGCUGCCCGACGACCCGCCGCCCGGCCCCACCGGCCAGCACCAGUCCAGGUCACGCGACGGCGAGGACAUGCUGGUGACCAUCCGGCGCGGCGUCCGGCUCCGCAAGACCGUCUCAAACGACAGGUCAGCGCCCAGGAUUUUGUGAUGGUCUACACCUAAAGGGGCGGGAAGAAGGGGAAAGCCACCAACUACAUGGACUCCCCCGCCAACCCCAAUACCCUCUGACUGUGUAGAGAAUGACAUACGAAAAGAGGCUUAAAAAUAAUAAUAAUAAAAAAAGAGUCGUUAGAGUAAAUAAAUAAUAACAAAAAAAAACGUAAUGAUAAUUAAUGAAGUAAAUAAUGCCGUAUUGAGAGGUUGAUGCCUCCGUAACUUUAGCGUGUCUGGACGCAUGUUUGUCUUAUUAACACCAUCACCACUAGGGGGAGACUCGUACUGGAGCUGGACGCUGGGACUGUUGAGAGACCGAGGAACCUGCUCUUCCUGCCAAAUUAACCACCCUUACACACACAGACACACACACACACACAAACAGAAACACAAACCUACAUACACACACACUCUGCCAAUGCCAAUACCCCCAGUGCCACCCCCUCACCCUCUAUGUAGAGACAUGGAGGGCUACUGCAGGGUGUUGAGAGCCAGUAGAUGGAGGUUGCUUUCGGGGCUUGCUUGUGAAACCUCGUCUCACCUGCUCCCAGGUCCCACCCUCCCUCCUAUCAAAGUCCACCUCUGAGGCUCUGCGUCACCCCACUGGCACACACCGUGGUAACUUAGCCCUUAGCUGUUGUCUGUGAUUGGUUUGAGUGUCUGUCAGUCUUGGCUGGAGGGGUGCAGGGGGCUCUGCUGCAGGUCAGCUGGUGGCUUUGUAGGGGGGGGCGGGUUGGUGGGAGGGGUCUUUUGGGGGAGAGUGGGUGCUGGAACAGAGGGACAGCUUUCCUUUACUGAUGUUUGUCAUCCUCUGUAGUCUCUGUUGCGUAACCUCUUUAUGUUCCCACUUUAAAGGUUUUAGUGAGUUUAUACCAGGCGUAUAUUUUGUAGAACCAGAGUGAAAAUGCCAAUAUGAAAUGGAGCAAUAAAUGGGUCCUUUGCUUUUUGUCCAGUGGGCAGGUGGACAUUUAAGAUCAGUGUGUAUCUUAGCCAUAGAUCUUUCUUUAGUUCUGUGUUUCAGGCAGUCUUCAGGCUCACAUAAAAGAGUGUGGACUUUAUCCACCCCCUGACUAAUAUAUUACUGAGAAAAAAAGAAAAAAUAAACUUUAGCACUUUGAAGGUGAAUUCAUUGUGGCCACUAGGUGUCACUGUGGUCCCAUUGUGUGAGUUGCAUUAGGGAGGGGAAGGCAGCAGAGCGCCCUGUACUGGGGAUUAGAAUGUAAGGAAGGGAAGAAGGAAGGAUGGAAAGAAAGGAAGAACAAAGACAGGACGAGGAAGUGAAACAGAAGAAAAGUUAUACAAGAUGGAAGGGGGUUACGUAGGCAUAUUUUUGUAUCCUGAAGAAAUUAGUUUUACUUAAUCGGGUAUGUAUUCAUUACCUGUUGAAAGCCUCAAACAAAGAAACCCCAGGUAGUGUUGAAGGCUCAUGAAGGACGUGGGGAUGAGACAGGUAGUCAUGCAGAAGACCAGAGGUGUAACUCUGUGACCCAGAGAAAUGAUCACUUCAAGGUGACAGCAGAGCGAGAGAAAAAGGAGAAAGAUGAAAGGAUGAGAAAGUGAUGUGAAUGGAAUAGAGUAGCCAUCCAUGUUUUUAUUAAAGCAUUCCACUGCCCUUGGAAGGUGAAGUGAAUUUAAGAAGCAAUCACUCCGCAAUAUAGCCUACAUAUUAUGCCUAAACAAGUCCCUAAUGUGAAAACAAACAGUACAGGAUAAAAUGGUGUGUUGUUGCUUUCAUGAGAGAAAAGGACUAGCUGUUUGAUUUGAAUCUUGGACAGAGAAAAAAAACAACGACUUUGGCUUUUGAUGUAGGGCAGGACUAAAAAACUUAGUUCUGUCAGUUUUUAGGUGUCCAACCAACUUUCUGUAUGCACUCUCCUCCCGAAAGCACCCUGCGCACACUGUUGAAACCCCCAGUCACCACUACAGUUCUGCAUAUGAAUUGACACCUAAUACUAAGUUGAUUUCUUCUGUUGUCAUUUUAUUGCUCUCAAUUUUUUAAUAAUUUAUUUUACAUAAAUAGAGCACUCUGUUUUAGGAAUGCCUGUAGCUUAUUAAAGAAAAGUAAGUAAAACAAUUAAAAAGAAAGAAAAUACAGAAAAGGAGGACAUGCUUCUCAAAUGGAAGAGAGUAAAAAAUGUGUGCAAGAGCAUUCUCCCUGUCACUGUAGUUAGUGAGUGCUGAUUGGAGGGGAUUUGGGAGACGGAAGACAGAUGGAGGGAUGGAGGAAUGACAGGCGAUGGGGAGUGGGAGGGACCAGCAGAUCACCAGUGUUGGCCCCAGUGACCCUGCCCAGCCGCAAGUUGCUGGAUCACCAGAGAGUCCCAGAGAACUUUCCGGAAAGCACAGGUCAUGACUCUGUAUAUAUAUACAUAUAUACAUACAUAUACUGUUUAAGAAGGUGAACACUAAUUGUACUAGUUGCAUUGCUAAAACAAAACAGAAACAUAUGUUUCACACAAAUAUUGUCUAGCAGUACUGAGGAAAAAGGCAAACGUCAAGUGUACAGGAUAUGAGAGCAAUAUGGCAAUGUUUUUAGUUGAAUUUACAAGAAAAGAAUACAUAUCCAACAGUAAAAUAUCCAGUACUUGUAUACUGUUUCUUAGUGUGCUGCGUAUCAAGUUAUAAUCUCAAUUUCUUUUUUAUUCUUGAAUUGUUGAAACAGUUUGUGUCCAUUAAAGAUGCUCCAUAAAGUCAUUAAGAUACAAAGAGAGAGAAAGGCAAGAACGAGCGAGACAUUACCUGCCGACUAACAGAUAUGAUUUGCCCAAGACUAGCUGCUAAAGCUACUUAAUUAUGAUAAUUAAGAUUGCCAGUGAUAGACUGUAAAGACAGGAACUUGACAGAGAGAAAGAACUGGCAGCAGCUCCAAGAUGACAGGAACUAGUGUAUGCCAGCUCUCUCUCCUAUGAUUUUCCUCUUGCUUGUUUGCUUUUCAAUGACCAGAACAAAUUCUUAUGGUCACCACUGUGCCAAGUCUCCAAACGCCAAUGCAAACACACACACAUAGGCUCCCUUAUCUAUAGAUUGACUCACUUUCCCUUCUUACUCUCUCUCUCUCUCUCUCUCUCUCUCUCUCUCUCUCUCUCUCUCUCUCUCUCUAUUUCACCACGGUUCGCCAUUCAGCCACAUUGCGUGUUCUCACACGUUCCUAUUCAGUUUCCUCUUCAUCCUCCAUUUUCUACCCCUCUUGUCAAGCGCCAAAGUCCAGAACUGCUUCAAUACCUGAACAACCACACACCCAACUCAGAGAGGGGUUUCACCUUGACAGUCUGCCAAGGGUGAAAAGCCACUUCUAGCAUAGCUGACUGGCAUGUCAAGGCUGACAACAACUCUGGCUAACAAUCUCACACUAUGGACGUGUUAAUCCUCCUCGAGCAGAAAUUGUAGUUACUUAUCCAUGAGGUAUAUGGUGUGACUUCUUUGAGGGAGGCUGAGCUCUCUGCGUGAAGGGAAGCCACAGGUCGCGCAGCGUCACUUUAGCUUCAGCACCGGGGCAGCAACAGGAGGGCCACGGCAGAAGCCAAUGCGCCAGGGAGACAGCUGCUCCCCUGCCGAGUCGGAGGCGCUCGAUACUGCUGACAAUACAGCCCCCCUCUUCGCUUCCACAGCAUGGCCUCCAGCACACUCACUGAAACCUUGCCUUUUGGUCGAUUUGACAAAAGGUGUCUUUAUUUCUCUGCCUCUCUCUCUCUCUCACUCACUUACUCUCUCUGUCUUCUGUGAUCUUGAAUUUGAAAGCGCUAACAUUUUCUUCUGCCUUUGGAAUUGAACCUUUGCCAUGUUCUACUGUGUCUCCAACUAAGCAAGAGUUCUGUAUAUAAAAGUCCAUUCGGUCUAAGACAACUCAUCUUAACUCACUGGUGUUCCACUAUGUUUAAUUACUGUCAUUUGUCUCAUGUAGUGCUGACAACAGAGCUCUGUUUGCUAUUCCUGUACGUGUGAAUUUGUCUGAAUGGUAGGAGGCUGCUGCUUAAGAUACAUAUUCCACAAUCUCCAAGGAAGCCUUUCUGAUUCAGUCUUACUGUAACUCACUUCAGCCUGGGUACCACAGAUCACAUACGCUAUUAUUUAGACUGAACAAAAGAAGAUGAAGCCUAAUUUUAUUCAACAUGUUGAAGGUUGUUGACCACUGGCCCUAAAUCACUGAGUGGCCCCCCUCCCAUUCUGCCCCUUAAGACACCUCUACGAUGUGAUGGUCAAGCCCAUUUUGGUUGUGGAGAUGGAGGCAGAGAAAGUUGUGCUUCACAGCCUCAGUGCCCUUCCCAUGUUCGGAGUCCCUGAAGGUCUCCAUUAGCCUUACUGUGCCCUGGGUUGUGUCUGGCCAUUACCACAGCUCACAAUGCAAUGCCUUGAAAUUGCAGACAUGUGUGUGCAUAUAGCACCGCACAUAACCACAUCUACUGUGAUCCUCGGAAACAUGUACUCUUGGUAUACUUGGCAUGCACCUUCAUUUCCUCCAGGAAAGUGGAGAAAUAUUUUUGUGUCAACACACCCACAAAGGAAGCUCAGGUGUGGGCUGAGCUGACACGUAUUGGCCUUGCAAAUAUUACACUUUAUAUUUUUUGUUUGCCUGCAGAUCCAGUCCUGGCAAAAACCCUUUGCAUCCCUGCUUCCAUAAUCAAACCACUAUUCUCCUUUUUCACCUCCACGGCCCAAACUUACGGGCUGUUUCUCUGUUCUUCGAUAGUAAAGGCCAUUAAACUAAUGUACAUCGUAACACAAGGCUGCGUCAGGCCAUGUCAUCCAUUGCCCAUGCUCUCCUUCCCAACCUCUUUACCCUGUCCUCCCUCUGGCCAAGUAGUUGAGCCAGGGGCGACUGCCGCAAAAUAGUUAUCAUGGUAUCUAAAGAGAAUGUCUUUAUCAGUUUGGUCUAUCUCUGACUUCUACCAUGUCAAUACAACACAGGCUGAUUAACUAAGUUAUGUAUCCCGUGCAAACUCAAAAACAAUGCAUCUCUAAACUUGACUUUGCCAGCAUUGUCACAGCACUCUUAAUUCUCCUUAUCGUGAAGAGAUAUGAUGUGUGCGUUUGUUUUGUUUUUUUUAAUGUUAUUUUUUGUACAAAUCCCCUCCCUCGAAUGGAGUCAAGUAACGCUACAGGUGCUGUUGUCUCUGUCUAUCUUCUUUCUCUCUUCUACUUUCUCUUUAAUUUAUUGUGUUCUUAUUUUCAAAGGCAAAGUUGCCUCUGUUGCUGAUGACAAAUUUUCCUUUUUGUAAUAUUUAUCCUUUUAAUUUUGUUAACUUUAGUCACUGCUAAUGUAACAAAACGCACUGUGAUGAUUCCAGUAUUAAUAAAAGUUGUACUUAAACUGUG